AUGACGGCUCUUGCUAAUCGGAGGGUAAAUGUGGAUAUAAUCUGUCCGUUAUGUCGUUUUGAGCCGGAAACAAUAAUGCAUCUCUUUGCUAAUUGCUCUCGUGUGCAGCCUCUCUGGAAUGAUGUGAAUUGCCAAGUGCCGAACGAGCAUGAUGAUUUUGCUGCUUGGUUCUCAAUGUGGCUGACACUUGGUGAGAAUGGCCUCGUAAUGAAAUGUAUCGCCAUUUGUUGGAGCAUCUGGAAGGGACGUAAUGAUCUGGUAUGGAAUAGUAAAACUUGGGAUCCUGCUUCAAUUAUGUUUGAAGUGGCUAAUAUGGUUUUGGAUUGGCAGGGAGAUGCAGAUUUGGAAGCAAAUAACAAUGUGCAUGUUUCAAGCUUGAAUUCACUCCCAGUUGUAGACCCAGGUAUUAUGAGCAUUUAUGUGGAUGCCACGGUUUAUAAUGCUGACGCUGAGGCUUAUUAUGGGGUUUUUGUGAUGGAUAGCAGUCGAGAGUUUGUAGCUGCAAAAAAUGGUCUUAUCCGUUGUCUAAAUAAUGCGCACUUGGCCGAAGCCCUCGCAGUGAAGAAAGCUUUAUCUUGGGUAAAGGAGUUGGGUUUUGCAAAGAUCCUCAUUUUCUCUGAUUGUAAAAAUGUUUGCAGGUUACUAAAUGGCUCAUCUCAAGAUCUAUCAUACGCAGGCUGUGUUAUUCGUGAGUGUCGAGCCUUAAAACGACACUUUGAGUUAGUGUCUAUUCAAUAUGUUUCUAGAUCAGUGAAUCGGUUUGCUCAUGCUUUGGCAAGAGCUACUCGUUCUUAG